AUGUUCAUUUUGACUUUCCUCUUUAUGCUCCUGAAGAUUCCAAUUCUAAUGGCCAGUUUCACGAAUCCCAGUUGUUUUUGGAAAUUGAAGCAGAGUAAUGACAAGGAUAAAAACUUGAAGACAGGUUGUUUCUUCUCACCUAGAAUUGUGCAGUGGCCAGUGGAUAAAGAAUAUUUCAAACAAAGGUUGAAUAUAAAAACACCAACUGAGAACUACAAGUUUGUACUGGCCUUGGCUUUUACCCUGGAUGAGGUCAACAGGAAUCCUGAUCUACUACCAAAUAAAUCUCUAGUAUUUAAUAAUGAUGGACAUUAUUGUAUCAGUGUGUCUAAAUUGUACACUUUGACUAGAAUUUUGGGACAAGAUCCUGAUUUUUUCCCUAAUUAUUGCUGUGAGGAAGAUAUCACAUGUAAUGUGAUAUUUACGGGACCAAACUGGGAAACAUCUGCAAUUCUUCUGUCAUACCUGGACCUCUGGAAAUUCCAACAGGUCAUUCAGUUUACCUAUGGAUCCUUCCAUCCAAUCUUAAGUGAUCGUGAAAAAUUUCCAUAUCUCUAUCAAAUGGCCCCCAAGGACACGUCUCUAGCCCUGGCCAUGGUCACUGUCAUACUUCACUUCAGAUGGAACUGGGUAGGGCUAGUCAUCUCUGACAAUGAUCAGGGCACCCAAUUUCUCUCACACUUGAGAAGAGUGUUGGAAAAACAUACAGUUUGCCUUGCCUUUGUAAAUGUGAUUCCAAUCAGCAUGCAGUUAUACAUGUCAAGAGCUGAAAUAUAUUAUAACCAAAUUAAGACGUCAUCCGCAAAUGUUGUUAUCAUUUAUGGUGAUUCAGACAGUACUCUUGCUGUGAGCUUUCGAUUGUGGAAAUCCCAAGGUUUACAGAGAAUAUGGGUCAUCACCUCACAGUGGGAUGUGACAACUAGUAAAAGAGACUUUGUAUUUCAUACAGCCCAAAUGACUCUAGCUUUUGCUCAACAUUGUGGUGAUAUUUCUGGUUUUAAAAAAUUUGUUAAGAAAGCGAACCCUAUCAAAAACAAAGAUGAAUACCUUGCAAGGAUGGAAUGGAUGAACUUUAAUUGUGAAGUUUCUACAUCCAACUGUAAGACACUGAAGAAAUACUCAUGGAAUACCUCCUUGGAAUGGCUAGUGGUACGGACUUCUGACAUGGCCUUUAGUGAUGGCAGUUACGACAUAUACAAUGCUGUGUAUGCUUUGGCCCAUGCACUGCAUGAGGUGGAUCUACAACAAGUAGAUACACAACCAAUGGACAAAGGGAAAGGAAACAGUUCUAGCUGUGUGAAGCUGAAUGCAAUUCUGAAGAAGACACAAUUCACAAAUCCUGUUGGGGACAGAGUGAAUAUGAACCAUAAAGAAGAACACAUGGAAGAGUAUGACAUUUUUCAGAUUUGGAAUUUCCCACAUGGUCUUAAAUUUAAGGUGAAGAUAGGAAAAUAUAGCCCAUAUUUUCCACAUGGACAACAGUUCCAUGUAUAUGAAGAAAUGAUAGAGUGGGCCACAGGAACUACAAAGAUACCACCACCCUCUGUGUGCAAUGCUGAUUGUGGUCCUGGAUUCCGAAAAUUAGGGCAGGAUGGAAUGGCAGCCUGCUGUUUUAAAUGCAAUCCCUGCCCAGAAAAUGAAAUCUCUAAUGAGACAAAUGUGGAUCAGUGUGUGAAGUGCCCUGAUGACCAGUAUGCCAACAUAGAGCAGAACCAGUGUAUACAUAAAACAAUGAUAUUUCUGAGCUAUGAAGAUCCUCUGGGGAUGACUCUUGCCUUAUUGGCCUUGUGCUUUUCUGCAUUCACAGCUCUAGUUCUUGGGGUCUUUGUCAAGUACCACGACACUCCCAUUGUGAAGGCCAAUAACAGGAAGCUCAGUUACAUCUUGCUCAUCUCACUCUUUUUUUGUUUCCUCUGCCCCCUGCUCUUCAUUGGCCAUCCAAACUCAGCUACAUGCAUCUUACAGCAAAUCACAUUUGGAGUUGUAUUCACUGUGGCUGUUUCCACUGUGCUGGCCAAAACAGUGACUGUGCUUCUGGCUUUCAAAGUCACAGCCCCUGGACAAAGUAUGAAAUACUUCCUGGUUUCAGGAGGACCUAAUUACAUCAUCGCCUUCUGUACCCUCAUCCAAAUUAUUAUCUGUUCAGUCUGGUUGGGAGCUUCUCCUCCCUCUGUUAACAUUGAUACCCACUCUGAGCAUGGCCACAUCAUCAUUGUGUGCAUUAAGGGUUCAUUCACUGCCUUCUACUCUGUCCUGGGAUACCUUGCCAGCCUGGCUCAGGUAAGCUUCACUGUGGCUUUCUUGUCCAGGAAUCUGCCUAACACAUUCAAUGAAGCCAAGUUCUUGACAUUUAGCAUGCUGUUGUUCUGCUGUGUCUGGAUCACUUUCCUCCCUGUGUACUAUAGCACAAAGGGUAAGGUCAUGGUAGUUGUGGAAAUAUUUUCUGUCUUGGCUUCUAGUGCUGGGAUGCUGGGAUGCAUCUUUGUUCCUAAGUGCUAUAUGAUUUUGAUAAGACCAGCAAGAAAAAUCUCUUUAAAGUAUCAGGGAAAAAUCACCUUCCAGAACUAA